AUGGCGGAUCGCCGGCCGAACAGGCCGCCGGUGAAAUUUCGGGAAGGUUGCAUGAUUUUUGGCAACACGACGCUUGGCCACAGCUCGGUCAAGUUCAGACCUCGGCGAAGGCAACAGGCUCAGCCAGAGCCGACGGAGGUGCUUGAGGACGCUGAGGAGGCGCCCAAGGUCACCCCGGACGCGCCCCUGGAGAUCGAUCCAGAUGUUCUGUACAGAGCGCAUCAAGUUUUCAUGAUCCUGACCUCAUCGGGAGUCGUCGCUCCUGCUGGUACGCCGGAGCAAGGAAAGAUUUUGCGCGAGGAGGCCAUCGUACAGUUUGUGGCCCGGCACCGGCGCUUGGCCGAGCUCCGCGGCUUCACGGCAGCCUUGCCGAAGAUCGUCUUCCACUGGACCCAGGAGAGGAAUUUCGCAAGCAUCGCACGGGAAGGCUUGCGGGUCCCUGACGGAGCAGGAGUUGCCAUCGCACAUGGCAGUUCUUUUGGAAAUGGUAUCUAUGUUUCACCCGAGUUUCGAUAUGGAAAGGAGCUCUUUGCCUAUGGGGCGCGGGCUGCUUUCAUGUGCCUGGCGUUGCCUGGCAAGCAGCACUUCGGCAAGCCUCCUGCAGACGGCACUGGAUUUCUGUCCCCCGAAGACGAUGGCUACGACAGCGUCAUUGGGCGCGAAGGCCAGAGGGGCAUCGACGAGUGGGUGUUUUUCCGCCAAGACCAGCUGCUCCUGUGCUUCCUGGUGGACGAGCUCGGCCUGGUGAUGGCCAAGGAGGCAGCCUUUGCGGCGAUCAAGGUUCUGCAUCAGCCGUGGCCACAGCCUCCGGCCGAGAUUUCGCAGCUGCCAGCACCGGUGCAGGAGAUACAGGCUGGCCGAUGGCAGCGGCGACAUGCACCAGAUGCUGGGGCACCCACCGAUGAGGCUGGAAUGGGGCUUGUUUCUGAAAGCUAUCGGGACACCAAUGCCACAAAAGCUCGAUGCUAA